AAAAUCUUGAUGACUUCUCCGACUGGGUUAAUCUGCGGUUUUGCCCCGCUGCCGCAGGGGUCGAGACCGUGAGUGAAGAUGGAUGGAAACCAAGGAAGGUUUGGGCUGAAAAGUCGCAAGAUGAGGCUGAGAGUAAUAUUCCUGGAUGACAGCGAACAGAUAUUUGAGGUCGAACAAAGGCUUCUGGGAAUCGACUUCCACAACCAAGUUUGUGGCCACCUAAAACUGCUCGAAAAGGAGUAUUUUGGAUUGGAGUUUCGUCACCACAGCGGCAGUUAUGUGUGGUUGGAGCCACUCAAAACUCUGGUAAAGCAACUUAAAAAUGUCGGUGAUCAGCCUUUACGCUUCAUUGUGAAGUUCUUCCCACCCGACCCUGGCCAGCUGCAUAAAAGUUUGACCAGAUAUUUGUUUACACUACAGAUCAAGCAGGAUCUGUCCAAUGGAAGUCUCACAUGUAACGAUAACAGCGCUGCCUUGUUGGUGUCACACAUACUCCAGUCGGAGCUGGGUGACUAUGAUGAGGAGCUCGAUGUGCAACAUUUGGAGAGCAAGCAGUAUGUCCCCAACCAGGAGUAUCUGGACCACAAGAUCAUAAAUUUCCACAAGAGACACAGGGGCCGAACGCCGGAGGAGUCAGACGUGCAGCUGCUGGAGGUGGUACGCAAACUGGACAUGUACGGCAUCCGGCCCCACGCCGCCCAUGAUGAGGAGGGACUGAGACUAAGCCUGGCCGUCACUCACAUGGGUGUUCUGGUCUUCCGGGGUAACACAAAGAUCAACACCUUCAGCUGGGCAAAAAUACGCAAGCUGAGCUUUAAGCGGAAGCAUUUUUUGAUAAAACUUCAUGGAAAGUUUGUUCCAUCCAGCAGAGACACGGUGGAGUUCACCAUGGCAAGUCGUGAUGUCUGCAAGGCCUUCUGGAGGAUAUGCGUGGAGUACCACGCCUUUUUCCGCCUGGCGGAGGAACCGCAGGCCACGCACCGCUCCAUCUUGUCCAGCAAGGGCUCCAGCUUCAGAUAUAGGUAG